UUCACAUGUCCGGCCCCAAGCAUCAUCGCCCUCCGUGGGCCCCACAUCCGCAGCGGUCCCCUCCGCCUACGGUCCACCGAGAACCCGGUCCACGCGACGCGCAGCCAUCCAUCUCUUCCUCCCUCCCUCCCUCCCUCCCGUCGACUCUUCUCGCCGCCCUCCAAACCCAUCACCUCGCCCUCCGCCUAGGCGUCCUCGCUGCCGGCGGACCCGCUCGCCUCAGGAGCCCCAUCCGCCGCUGCAUUUGACAGGUGAUCUCUGUGGGAGCCGGGCGCCAGCCUCCGCGGUCCUUGCCGCUUCUGUCCUCUCCGGCGAGCUGUGCGCCCGCCUGGGACCGGAAGUCUUUCAUUUUCAUCUGUUCAAGACGUCAAGUUAUUGGUAUUCGGGUUGCAAUUCACUGACUGGGGAGGCUGAUUGGCUAGAAGCAUUGUGGGUCAACCGAUGGGAAGCAAUGAUCCUAGCACACCUUCGAAGGCAUCAAAGUCAUCAGAACAAGAUCAAGCUCCAGCCACUACAUCCGGCACAACAGCUUCAGUUUACCCUGAAUGGCCCAGCUUUCAGGCCUACUCAGCAAUUCCACCACAUGGGUUCUUUCCCCAUCCUGUUGCUGCAAAUCCACAAGCUCAUCCCUACAUGUGGGGAGCUCAGCCCAUGGUGCCACCUUAUGGGACGCCACCACCACCUUAUGUGAUGUAUCCACCUGGAACAGUAUAUGCCCAUCCCUCUACACCUCCUGGUAUGCAUCCAUUUAAUCAUUAUCCUAUGCCAACAAAUGGAAAUGCUGAAACCCCUGGAGCUGCGCCGAGUGCUCCAGAAAUGAAUGGGAAAAGUGAGCCUGGCAGAACAUCUGGUCCAUCUGCCAAUGGGAUUACCUCCCACAGUGAGAGUGGAAGUGAGAGUGAGAGUGAAGGAAGUGAUGCCAAUUCCCAAAAUGACUCACAUUCAAAGGAAAAUGAUGGAAAGGAAGACGCAUCACAGGGAACGAUACAACCGGGUGCAAUGGUUGGUGGAGUUCCUGGCUCCACAACUAACUUGAAUAUAGGAGUGGACUACUGGAUUGCUCCCGGUUCUGCAGCUGUCCCUGCAAUACAUGGCAAAGCACCAGCUGGAUCAACUCGAGGAGACCAAUGGGAUGAAAGGGAACUUAAGAAGCAGAAAAGAAAGCAGUCGAACCGAGAAUCAGCACGCAGGUCCCGGCUGCGCAAGCAGGCUGAGUGUGAAGAGCUUGGUCAGCAUGCUGAAUCUUUAAGGUCGGAAAACUCUUCUCUUAGGGCUGAGCUUGAACGGAUCAGAAAGGAGUAUGAACAGCUACUUUCAAAGAAUGCUUCCCUCAAGGAAAAGCUGGGGGCAACCAGUGAUUCGAUUCCUGACAUGAAUUAACAGAAUGACGGCGAUGGCGGCCACAAGAAGAGACCUGAUUCUGAUGCCCAGCCUGGGAAUGAGCCUUAAGUAUCGCUUAUGCAACCACAGCAUGUUUAGCUCACGGCAUUGCUAUUUAUUUCCUUAAAUAUUGUUGAACAAAAAAGGGAAAGAAAAGAUUCGUUUAUGUAAUUCUACUUCCUCAGCUGGCUAUUAUUUUCACCAA